AUGUUCCUUCCAAAACGAAUUAUCAAGGAAACUGAACGCUUGAUUGCUGAGCCUGCCCCUGGGAUUGAGGCGCAUCCUCAUGAGGACAAUCUGCGGUAUUUUGAUGUAGUCAUUGCUGGACCAUCUCAGUCUCCUUUCGAAGGUGGAUCAUUCAAGUUGGAACUAUUUCUUCCAGACGACUAUCCAAUGGCUCCCCCCAAGGUGCGGUUCUUGACCAAGAUCUACCAUCCUAAUAUUGAUAAGCUCGGUAGAAUUUAUAAGUGGUCACCUGCUCUUCAAAUCCGUACAGUUCUUCUCUCAAUACAGGCAUUGCUUUCGUCUCCUAAUCCCGACGAUCCAUUAGCGAAUGACGUAGCUCAUCACUGGAAGGAAAAUGAAAUGGCUGCUAUUCAAACAGCCAAAGACUGGACUCAAAUGCAUGCUAAAUAG